AUGCAGCUCACUGGGUUGGAAUAUAAAAUUCCUAUGCGUCUACGGUUGUCUGCCAUUUACAUUGAGGGGGAAUAUGACGAGCAAAGAGUAUGGUUGCAAAUAACCCUGUUGCGGAGGGUGAUGAUGAGUGUCCUCAGUGAUGGGAUGCCUUUAGCCCCACUCACGGGCGAGGAAAUAGUCGGCAUUGGAGUCGGCGUCAAAGAAGAGCUCAGCGAAGAUUUCCCCGAAGAUGCCUGCUUGGAAAUUAAAGAGGAACCACUUGAUUAUGGAGAUGAAACAAGAAAUGAUGUGUGUAACAUGAAAGUGAUACAUGAAAGUCCUUUCUUUCAUAACCUUCAUGAUCUAAGACCUGAGGCACAUGCAAAAGACUCAUGUAACUUGGUUCAGGAUUGUAAUGACAUGUCAAAAUUGCAAUUUGGGGCUAAGGACUGUGGGAAGACGUGUUCAUCAGAUGGGGUUCAAGUGAUGUAUGAGGAAAGUUUGAAGGAAGAACCACAACUAAAAGUGGAAUCCAUAAGGAAAUGUUUUGCAUGUGAGGUGUGUGGCAAGGAAGUGUCUCAAAAGAGUCACAUCACCUUUCACAUGGGAGUCCACAAAAAGGAAAAGCCAUACAACUGCGAGAUUUGCAAUAAGGCAUUCCCAUCCAAAAGUGUUUUAGAAAAGCAUGUUGACGUACACACAGAGGGGAACCCAUACAACUAUGAGAAACCAUUCAGCUAUGAACUUUACAACAAGUCCAUAUCACCAAAGCAUAAUCUGGUGAAGAACAUGAGAGUGCAUACAAAGAAGAAAACAUAUAGCUGUGACACUUGCAGUAGGAAAUUUUCUGAGAGAAGAUAUCUUGUACAGCACAUUAGAAUACAUACAAAAGAGAAGCCAUACAUCUGUGAAAUUUGCAACAAUACCUUCUUAUUGAAAAGUUAUUUGGUGAGACACAUGAGAACACAUACAAAGGAGAAGCCAUACAAUUGUGAAAUUUGUAACAAAGACUUCUCAAGCAAAUCUAAAGUAGCAAUUCAUAUGAGAGUACAUACAAAGGAGAAGCCAUACAAAUGUGAGAUUUGUAACAAGAACUUUUCGCAUAGAGCUAAUCUAGCGCGUCAUAGGAGAUUGCACACAGAGGAGAAGCCAUACAGCUGUGAGAUUUGUAACAAAGGUUUUUCAGAGAAAUAUCGUCUAGAAAGUCACAUGAGAGUACAUACAAAAGAGAAGCUAUACAGCUGUGAGAUUUGCAACAAGGCCUUCUCAUAUAAAGAAAGUCUAGGGAUUCAUAUGAGAAUGCAUAGAAAGGAGGAGACAUACAGUUUAAGCCACAUGAGAGUACAUACAAAGGAGAAGCCAUACAUCUGUGAGUUUUGCAAUAAGGGUUUCUCACAGAAAGGUAGUCUAGUGGGACAUAUAAGAAUACAUACAAAGGAAAAGCCAUACGGCUGUGAGAUCUGUAAUAAGGUCUUUGCUUUGAAAGGUGGUUUAGUAAAGCACACAAGAGUACAUACGAAGGGUAAGCCAUAA